CCAUUCCACUUCCCAUCAACAAAAUAUCCUUGGAAAGAAACUCUAUCAGUGUGUGGAAUGUGGAAAGAGCUUCAGUAUGAGCUCCUCUCUCACUAGGCAUCAGAUAAUUCAUACAGGGGAGAAACCCUAUCAGUGUGUGGAAUGUGGAAAGAGCUUCGGUAGGAGCACCGAUCUCACUUCCCAUCAGAGAAUUCAUACAGGGGAGAAACCCUAUCAGUGUGUGGAAUGUGGAAAGAGCUUCAGUAAGAGCUCCAAUCUCACUUUGCAUCAAAGAAUUCAUACAGGGGAGAAACCCUAUCAGUGUGUGGAAUGUGGGAAGAGCUUCAGUCAGAGCUCCAAACUCACUUCCCAUCAAAGAAUUCAUACAGGGGAGAAACCCUAUCAGUGUGUGGAAUGUGGAAAGAGCUUCAGUAUGAGCUCCGAUCUCACUUCCCAUCAAAGAAUUCAUACAGGGGAGAAACCCUAUCAGUGUGUGGAAUGUGGAAAGAGCUUCAGUAUGAGCUCCAGUCUCACUUCCCAUCAGAGAAUUCAUACAGGGGAGAAACCCUAUCAGUGUGUGGAAUGUGGAAAGAGCUUCAGAAAGAGCUCCCAUCUUUCUUCCCAUCAAAGAAUUCAUACAGGGGAGAAACCCUAUCAGUGUGUGGAAUGUGGAAAGAGCUUCAGUCACAGCCACAAUCUCACUUCCCAUCAAAGAAUUCAUACAGGGGAGAAACCCUAUCAUUGUGUGGAAUGUGGAAAGAGCUUCAGUCAGAGCUCCCAUCUUUCUUCCCAUCAGAGAAUUCAUACAGGGGAGAAACCCUAUCAUUGUGUGGAAUGUGGAAAGAGCUUCAGUCAGAGCUCCCAUCUUUCUUCCCAUCAAAGAAUUCAUACAGGGGAGAAACCCUAUCAUUGUGUGGAAUGUGGAAAGGGCUUCACUGAAAGCUCCAAACUCACUUCCCAUCAAAGAAUUCAUACAGGGGAGAAACCAUAUUAGUGUGCGGAAUGUGGAAAGAGCUUCUGGA